CGAAUCGAACAGCAACGCCGGCGGUGAUGGAGUCACCAUCAACGUCCGAUGCUCCAACGGUUCGAAGUUCACCAUACAGGCAAUUCUCGAGUCCACCGUCGGAUCGUUUAAGUCCGUCCUCUCUCAGAACUGCGAAAUACCUGUGGAACAGCAGCGACUGAUUUACAAAGGCAGGAUCUUGAAGGACGAUCAAACACUGGAAAGCUACGGUUUGGAGGCAGACCAUACUGUUCAUUUGGUUCGUGGUUUUGCACCUGCUGCAUCUGCAAACGUUACAGGUGCCACCAACACUGGCACUCCAAAUACCACUUCUACUGUAACAAGAGAUGUUGGAUCCAAUGAAGGUGGGGCAUAUGACGGAUCCAACUUUGGAGCAUCACUAUUUCCUGGUCUUGGUUUGAAUGGAUUAGGAAGUGGUGGUGGCCUAUUUGGAGCUGGACUUCCGGAGUUUGAACAAGUGCAGCAACAGUUGACACAGAACCCCAACAUGAUGAGGGAUAUUUUGAACUUGCCGAUUGUUCAGAAUCUUAUGAAUAACCCAGACAUUAUGCGAAACUUGAUGAUGAAUAAUCCUCAGAUGCGUGAAAUUAUUGAUCGCAAUCCGGAGCUGGCGCACAUUCUCAAUGAUCCUAAUACUCUCCGUCAGACAAUGGAGGCUGCACGAAACCCUGAACUCAUGCGUGAGAUGAUGCGCAACACUGACAGAGCUAUGAGCAAUAUUGAAUCUUCUCCUGAAGGAUUUAACAUGCUCAGGCGCAUGUAUGAAAAUGUCCAAGAGCCGUUUCUAAAUGCAACUACGAUGGCUGGGGACACUAGGAAUGAUUUAGCCUCAAACCCAUUUGCAGCUCUUUUGGGAGUCCAAGGUGAGGGGGCAGGAAGAAAUCAGACGACUAAUCCUACGACCAAUGGUUCUGAAAUAUCUGCUAAUUCUCCUGCUCCAAAUACUAAUCCACUUCCGAACCCUUGGUCCUCUGCUGCUGCUGGAGGUGCCCAAACAAACACCACUACAAGGUCAAAUCCUGCUGGUGAUGCUAGGCCAGUGCCACCUGGUGGCUUAGGUGGACCUGGCUUCUCAAAUUUGGACCAAAUGCUAGGUGCCAUGCCCGAUCCCUCUUCAUUGAAUCAGAUUAUGCAGAAUCCUGCUGUACCAGAGAUGUUGCAAAGUCUCCUCUCCAACCCUCAACACAUGAACCAGGUUUUUGGUCUCAAUCCGCAACUUUGGAACAUGCUUGAUUCCAAUUCCCAGCUUAGAGAGAUGCUGCAAAACCCUGAAUUUGUUCGGCAACUGACAUCCCCCGAGACAAUACAGCAACUCUUGACUUUUCAGCAAGCUCUUAUGUCUCGACUUGGUCGGCAACCAUCAGCCCAGGAACCAGGUCAAACUGGUGCAGGGACAGGAGCACUUGAUAACACAGGGUUGGAUAUGUUGAUGAACAUGUUUGGUGGACUUGGUACUGGAGGCCUGACUGUUCCCAACAGAUCUAAUGUGCCCCCGGAAGAACAGUAUGCUACUCAGCUCUCACAGCUACAAGAAAUGGGGUUCUUUGACACUCAGGAAAAUAUACGGGCUCUGAUUGCCACUGCAGGGAAUGUUCAUGCUGCUGUGGAGCGGCUUUUGGGGAACCCUGGGGGUGGAUAA